AUGAUUUGUAAAAAAGAUCAAUUUGAUAAUUAUUCACCUUUAGUUGAUCAUUCUGGAAACCACCAACAUAUAGAUCAUUCAAUGCAUAAUAAUAUUGAUCAUUCAAUGCAUAAUAAUAUGGAUCAUUCAAUGCAUCAUAAUAUGGAUCACUCAAUGCAUCAUGGAAUGGAUCAUUCCAUGAAAAUGUGGUUUCAUGGUGGUACAAAUGAAGUAAUUUUAUUUGAUUGUUGGAGAGUUAACUCUUCAAGUGGUCUCAUUUUUUCAUGUAUUAUUAUAUUUUUUUUGGCUUCUUGUUAUGAAGGAUUAAAAUGGUUCAGAGUUUAUCUUCAAACUGAGGCUAAUAGAGGAAAUCUUUUUAAAGCUUUCAAUAAAAAAAACCCUAAAAAUUGUAAAAGUAAUGCUUUAGCAAUGGAUGGAGAAAAGGCAAUUCCUUUAAAUACACCAUGUUGUGGAAAUAAAGAUUGUCCUGAAAAUAGAUCAAUAUCUGGUGAAGGAUGCCAGUCACGAAAUUGUAAAGAUAAUACUCCAUGCCUCCGUAUUAUACUAGCAUUAUUAUAUGUUAUUCAAUUAACAUUAGCUUAUUGUCUUAUGUUAAUUACAAUGACAUAUAAUAUUUACCUUGGUGCUGCAGUAGUUUUUGGAGCUGGUUUAGGUAAUUACCUUUUUAGUGGUAUAAAAUGUUCCAAAGACAAAGAUCAAAUACAAAGUUAUGCUGAAGAUGCAUGCCAUUAA